UUCUCUUGUGUGACAUCAUUCAUUACUGACCCACUUUAUUUUCACAGUUUUUCAAGAAAACUUAAUUCAUGUCGGUUUCUCACACUCGUCGUGUGCAGAUUUUGUACAAAAGAGCUCUAAGAAGCUUGGGGGAUUGGUAUGAAUAUAGACCUCGCUACCGAUAUGAAGCUGUUUUGAUGCGAGAUCGGUUCGAUAAAAAUCGCAACGUUAAGGAUCAUCGUGAAAUAGAAGCUCUUUGCAAUGCAGCUGAACAGGAACUGUUCGAGACUCAGCAUCCACAGCCAAGGAAGUUUCCAGAAUCUCCUGGAGGUGUAGCGUACGAGCGUGAAGUUAUACCACCAGAUUGGAUUCUUGAUUAUUGGCAUCCGCUCGAGAAAGCUCAAUAUCCGGAAUUCUUUGCGAGACGAGAACAGCGCAAGAAAGAAUAUUUAGAAAAAUGGGAUGUCGAGCAUGGCAAAGGCUCAAAUGCCCACUAAAUUGUCAUUGAUAUGAUGUGAAAAAACAUAAAUUUUGCUGUUCUAGUGCGAUAAAAUAUAAAUAUUAAAAAACAAAAAAA